CGGAUUUGUUUACAGUCUGGCUCGUCAUUUGAGACUACAGAGCAUGCCAUGGCUCCCGAAGUGCAGCUGGAGAUUGUGGGUCUCCUGAAAGAGACAACCUUUCAAAUCGCGAAAUGCAUUGCAGAGGGCUUGAAACUGAAGUUUCCAAAAAAAUUCUCAGAACCAAUCAUUUGUCCACUACUGGAAUGUGCAUGGGAUGAAUAUUUAAACAACAAGAAAAAGUGUCUUAAAGGGGAAACUUGGGAAUAUUCCUCAAGCCUCAUGUGUUUUGUGAACGGCCAGCUCAUUGGUAAUGAAAAAGAGUUGAAGGUCUGGGCUGAGCAAUACUGGGAUUUCAUUUUUUUUAGGCCACCUGCUCUCUACUCAGCACUUGCAGAAGAUUUCUACUCAAGUCACCUGAGAAACACAAAGCACACAUUUGUAUACAUGGAUAUCUCCAUUGGAGAAAAUGCCAUAGGGAGGUUACUAUUUGAGCUUUUUUCAGACCUCUGUCCAAAGACGAGUCGCAAUUUUCAGCAACUGUGCACAGGAGAGGCAGGUUCCACCGCCGGUAACCUACAACUGGCAUACAAAGGGUCGAUAUUUCACCGUGUCAUACCUAACGGCUGGAUUCAGGGUGGAGACAUCUCGGGAGGAAAAGGAGUGGGUGGAGUAUCAAUUUACGGGCCAACAUUUGAAGAUGAAUGCUUUGCAGUCCCUCACAACAAAAGAGGGAUAUUGGGCAUGGCCAAUAAAGGAAGGCACUCAAACGGAUCUCAAUUUUAUAUUACACUUAAGCCUGCACCCUGGAUGGACACAAAACAUGUAGCCUUUGGACAGUUGAUCGAAGGCACAGAAGUUCUGAAGAAACUGGAAGCUGUGCCCACCUACAAUGAGAGACCAAAAUAUGAAUGCAAAGUGGUGGACUGUGGCAUAUAUGUACCUUAACUUUCAUAAAACAAACAAAAAAAAGUAUGUUAUCGCAUGUAUAGAAACAUAUAAAAAUUGGCAUCAUUCAACCCUUGUCAUGUUUUUCAGGGCAUAUGCAGUAAU